AUGGGUGAUGUUGAGAAAGGCAAGAAAAUUUUUGUUCAGAAGUGUGCCCAGUGCCACACCGUGGAAAAGGGAGGCAAGCAAAAGACUGGGCCUAAUCUCCAUGGUCUCUUCAGGUGGAAGACAGGUCAGGCCAUUGGAUUAUCUUACACAGAGACUGAUAAGAACAAAGGCAUCACCUGGGGAGAGGAUACACUGAUAGAGUAUUUUGAGAAUCCCAGGAAGUACAUUCCUGGAACAAAAAUGAUCUUUGCCAGCAUUAAGAACAAUGCAGAAAGGGCAGACUUGAUAGCUUAUCUCAAAAAAGCUACUAGUGAGUAA